AUGCCAGCACAGACUGCUCACAAUGAACCCCCAUUUAUUCACUCCCUCUCUGCUACCCCUCUCCACCCCUCCCCACCACCUUCCCUACAGGCACCUCUUCUCGUGCGUCUGCUCGCCCUCCCCUCACCUGCCUUCACCUCACGCUGGCUACACGGCCCGCUCACGCGCGCCCUUGCCGCCCGAGAGGUCGACGCCUUUGUCCUCUUCCGCCCCUUCCCCUCCCUCGGCCUCGCUCUCCAUCUCACCCACUCACGCUUGCACAGCCUCAACCGCUCUACCUCACCCUUGCACCGCCUCUCUGCGGCCGCUCCUGCUGUGUUGUCCCAUGGGGAGGAGAAAAAGAAGGCGGGUGAAGGGGCGGAAAACGGCAGGAGUGGGCUGAUUGGAGUUGAGGAUUCGACGGAGACGCUUUCUUCUGGCCCGUUCUCGUUUUCUGAGGGAGGGCUUGUGGCUGCAACGAGGGCGGCUUAUAAGGAGGCAGCUGGGUCAAAAAGCCACAGUGGCAGCAGGGGCGAGAGAGGGAGGGGGGUUGGUGUGGGAGAUGGCACAAGUGCUGGGAAGCUUCGAGGAAACUUUCAGUUUUGCCGAGUUGAUGAACAGAUGGUGGGAAGGAAGAGAAAGGAGAAGGGCGAGAACAAGAGUGAGAAAAGGAAGCGAGGGAGUGAGGGAGGGAAGGAAGAGAGUGACUGGGCGGAGGGAGUGAUCUGGCUGGAGGGAGGGGAGGGUGGGGCAGCUGCAGAGGCAGACGGAGUGAGUGGGUGGGCGUCGAAUGGGGGAGCAGCGAAGGCGCAGGGAGGAGGGAGGAGUGGGGUGGGAAGGGGAGCGGGGGAAGAGGGUGGAGGUGCGGGUGGAGGUGCCGGGGGCGAGGGCGGGGUGGGGAGUGGGUGGCAGAGCGUGGUGCUGCUGGUGAAGCUCUUCGCCAAUCUGCACUGCUUUGACCCCAACCUCUGCCCUGGCGAGCAGCGCCAUCAGUCCCUCAACCUCGUUGUCUCUGCCAUCCGCCACCAGGAACCCUUCCCGCCCGCACCUGGGGAGGGCGCAGCUGGAGAGGGCGCAGCUGGGGAGGGCGCAGCUGGGGAGGGCGCACCGCAUGGGGGCGGCAGCGACAAGGUGGCAGAAAGGGAGGGGCAGAGGGGGCGAGAAGAGGCAGAGGCGGCAGUGGGCAUGUGUGAGAACUUGUGUGAGUCACGGCAUGCCAUGGCAUGGCAUGGUGCUGUUGGUGCGGAGCAUGAGGUAAGGGAGGGGAUGGAGGGAGGUGAGACGGCACUGGGUGAGUUGACGCAUGGGCGUGGUGCGGGAGGAUCGGACGAGGUGUGUGAGGAGGAGUGCUUUCUUUCGACCAUCUCUCUUGCACAUUCACUCAUAGACUUCGCUGCCACCAUGCCAGCGACCCAUGUCAGCGAUGACGACGUCAUCCUCAUCAGUCAGUUCGCCAGUGCCCUGCACGCUGCCAUCUGCCCCCACCCCUCGCCUCACCAGCACGAUGAUGCGGGAGUGAAAGCGGUGGCGGAGCGGCACGGGGCAUGGCUGGCUGCUUUACAGGGGAGGUGGGACGGGCAGGAGCGGUGGCAGCGACUGCAGCCGGCACAUGAGGAGGAGGAUGGCGGGGACGGGGGUGUGGAAGAGGCAUAA